AUGCUGAGGGGCUUCUCGAGCAAGGAAGCCGCCGCCGAGUUCGGGGCCUUCAGCGCGGGGAUCACCGCGAGCGCCACGCGCGCGGCUCCUACGCCGCCGAGCGAGAGUUUCGCCUGCGCGCCACCCAUGCUGGCCGGUCGGCAGCCGGCCAACAGCGGGCUGCUCGGCGUCGCGGCCGACCCGCGGGCGAGAUUCUUUGACAAGAAACUCGAGAUGCUUCGCGGGAGCAGCUUGGCGAAGCCCGCAAAGGAUAACGACGGCGACGGCGCCCAGACGGGCCGCAAGAAGCACGGCACGGGAGGGAGAAGGGAGGCGCAGUUGCUGCAGAGGGCCUCCCAAGCAGACGUCAGAAAGGACGGGGAGCACUCAGUCGCGCAGAAGUUCGAGCUCGUUCUAGUUUGCCGCCAGGAUGGCCGAGCUCCGGCCAUCUACUACGCGGACCAGUUUCCUCGCAUGCCCAGCUGUGCCCUCGUUGCGAGGGUUUGGAUGUCAGGCCUGCCAACGAGCAGGUUUAGGCACCCUGGCUGCGGGCUGCGAGAUGUCGGCGUCGCGCCGAAGGGGCCAGGGUGGGAACUGGGCAAGGAUGGCCGAGCUCCGGCCAUCUACUACGCGGACCAGUUUCCUCGCAUGCCCAGCUGCGCCCUCGUUGCGAGGGUUUGGAUGUCAGGCCUGCCAACGAGCAGGUUUAGGCACCCUGGCUGCGGGCUACGAGAUGUCGGCGUCGCGCCGAAGGGGCCAGGGUGGGAACUGGGCAAGGCUAUCUCGCAAGGCCAGGAGCGAUGGGCGCGGCUCUUCUCUGCGGACGGGGCGCGGCUCGGAGGGGCCGUGCGAGGGCUCGACGGGGGCUGCAGCCUCGACGCGCGUGGGCACGAGCACCGGCGGAGGGACUUCUGCACGAACCUGAUCAGCACAACGUCCAUGGCAGACAUCGCAGCCCUGGUGGUUCCAGCUGUGAAGGAGGAGUUCGAGGCCGGGGUCGACAGCGGCAGGAUCUUCCAGCUUGCCCUGGCCUGCUUCACCAUGGGUAUCAAGAACAUCGCCGUGAUAGUGUCUAAGAUGGACCAUCCGUCCGUCGACUACGACUCUGCCAGGUACGAGGAGAUCAAGAAGCAAGUGGGCGGGUUCCUGAAGGAGGUCGGCUACAAGGGGAAGGAGGUGCCCUUUGUCCCGGUGUCGGGCCUCAGCGGCGACAACCUCACGACGAAGUCUGCACAGUCUGCCUGGUACGGCGGCAAGGCGCUCAUCGAUACGCUGGACGAGAUGGGUCCGAUCAACCGCCCGGCCGAGAAGCCCCUGCGGAUGCCCGUGCUCCGGGUCCAGGAGGUUUCGGGCGCGGGUGUGGUCAUCACCGGGCGCCUGGAGACCGGCGCCCUCCGCAGCGGGAUCAAGCUGAAGUUCUGCCCCGGCGGGCAGGAGGCAGAGGCCGGCUCUGCCGCGGCCGAGAGCGCACAGAGUGGGCAGGCUCUCUGUGAGGCGGCCAAGGAAGCGAUCCGACCUCUGCCCGUGCAGGCUGUCGGGGGCCUGCAAGUGUGCACGCGGCGCGCUGGGGCGAGGAGAAUCACGAAGUGCCCGGAGGACGCUGCCGCUGCCGCCCACUGCCAGCUGGUCCCGCCGGGCAGGCGUCGCCAGCCGGCGUCCCCGGCGCCUCGUCGUCGGACCUCGGCGGCGACGGCCCUGGAGGUGGCUUCAGUAUGGAAGGACGGGGUGCAGGUGUCCGACGCCAAGGGCGGCGACAUUGUCACCGUGGCCCUUGGCGACGGCGUCGAGGACCAGGCGGAGGACGCGGAGGUGUAG